CUGGUGCUCCGAGGCACUGGAACCAGCUCCCUGUUGGAGUCUGAGGCCUUGGUCCUAUUCCCAGUUUCACUCCUGGUUUGCUGAAUGAUCUGGAGACCUCUGGGCCUCACAGCUUUCCAUCUGCAGAGUGGAAAGAGUGGAUGGGAGGUUUCUAGGUUCCCUCCACUUCUCAUCAUUGCCGGCAUUCGCUUAUAACAGGGGUCGGACUCCUCUCUGUGCACCUGUCCUGCGGACAGACCUAAGAAGGAUGCCAGGACCACACCCGGUAGAGGGCUCAGUUGGAGUUUCAGGGAUGAGCACCUGCCUGGAGGGCCUGAAGGAAGCCCAUGGAAGGCCAUGGCCAAAGGAGCUCAUCGCCCUGGGGCCGGAAGAAUCUGCCCAGCAGAUGGUCCUGCGGAGGAUCCAGGAACUUUCUGAUUCGGACCAGCAAGACCCCUUCAUGCUGGCUGACCUGGACAUGCUGGCCAGUCGCCAUCAGGCCUUCUGCCAAGCCCUGCCACAGGUCUCACCCUUCUAUGCAGUGAAGUGCAACAGUAGCCCUUGGGUGCUGCGUGUCCUGGCCGCCCUGGGCACCGGCUUUGACUGUGCCAGCCAGGUGGAACUGGAGCAGGUGCUGGGCCUGGGCGUGGCCCCCUCGCGCAUCAUCUAUGCCAACCCCUGCAAGCCUGCCUCCCACAUCCGGUAUGCUGCCCGGCACGGGGUGCAACUCCUGACCUUCAACAGCGAGGAGGAGCUCACCAAGGUGGCCCAGCACCAUCCUGGGGCCAGACUGCUCCUCCGGCUGAGGACUCAGGACAGCCAGAGCACCUUCCCUCUGAGUACCAAGUUCGGGGCCAGCCUGGAGGCAUGUGGGCACCUGCUAACGUCUGCCAGAGACCUGGGGUUGGCCGUGGUCGGAGCCAGCUUCCACGUGGGCUCCAACUGCCAGACACCCCAGAGCUUCACACAGGCCAUCGCUGACUGCCGGUGCGUGUUUGAAAUGGGCCGCGGGGCUGGGCAUGAUAUGAGCUGCCUGGACAUCGGAGGGGGCUUCCCCGGAACGGAGGACUCCGGGCCCAAGUUUGAGGAGAUGGCGAGAGUGAUCAGUGCUGCCCUGGCCCAGGACUUCCCUGAGGAGCGUGGUGUCAAGGUCAUCGCAGAGCCAGGCCGCUUCUAUAUGGAGUCUGUCUGCACGGCUGCUGUCAACAUCAUUGCCAAGAAGGCUGUGCUGGAGCCCGGAGGCAGCCAGAAGCUGAUGUAUUAUCUCAAUGAUGGCCACUAUGGCUCCUUCCGCCUUGGCCACCGAGAGCCUGUCCCAAGGGUUCCCAUCGUGGUGAAGGAGUUCUGCUCAGAGCCGCCCCUCUUCCCCUGCACACUCUAUGGUCCCACAUGCGAUGCCUCUGACAGGCUCUUCUUGGAGGAUGUGCGGCUGCCCGAGCUUGAUGUAGGCGAUUGGCUGGUCUUCCCCUCCAUGGGUGCCUACACAUCCUCCAUGAGCUGCAGCUUCAAUGGCUUCCUGCCCGCCACCAUCUGCUACACCAUGGGCCCCCAGCUCAGGAGCCUUCUGGAGGCAGAGCCUGAACCCAGAGUCGGCUAGGCUGGAGGACUUUAAAACACUCUGGAAACCAACCAACCAGGCUCCCAGAUAGUAUCAAGAAGCUGAAACUGACCAGACCUGUCACCUGUUGAUGGCCUAACUGACCACCUGCUUCCUGUUGACCAACUUUUCUUCCUUACCCCUUCCAAAUUCCUGUUUUCCCACACAUGGUUACAUUUCUUCCUUGCUAUGUAAACCCCUGAUUUUAUUUGAUUUGAUACUAAUCUCCCAUCUCCUUGGCUACAGCACCCAAUUAAAACCUUCCCUGGCAAUACUCA